AAGUUGGUGAAACAAGUGUGGGAAAUUGUGAUGUCGAUGAACAUGAGGAUCACGUGGAGGGGGUAGAUGAAUUUGAUAUUGAUCCAGUGGCAAAAUCUUUAAAGGAAUUAGCAUAUAAAUCGAAAGGAAAAUUUAAACAACUACUGGUACCGGCAUUUCAAAAUGAUGUUGAAGACCAAGAUAACACUCAUAUACAUACUGAAGAAUAUACAAACCAAAACAAACGUCGUUAUCAUAAGAUAGGAGUUGAUUAUCCAUUAGAAAACUUGGUAUUAUCUGAAUUUAAAAAAUUGGGCGAAAUGAUGUCAAAUCUUAACGAUAGGCUUAACUCAGUGGCUAUGCAAGUACAAGAUAUGCAUUACAGAGCUGAAAUAAACGAAGCAUGGCCAACUUGCAAGUUUGAAAAAUCACGAGAUCAACACGAGUAUGAUUCGUUACGAACAAUAAGGACAGAACUCGAUUUUGCUAAAGAAUCAAGAACUUCAUCUGACAUUUUGAGUUAUAUUGAAAAAGCCCGAGAAGCAGUCAGAGGGUAUGGUUGGGAAGUUGCAGCAGCGUUACUGAAUACACAGGACAAUUGGCUUAAAGGAAAGGAUAUAUUAAUUGAAAAGACUAAAAACUUAGCUGAAGUAAAGAAGAAUAAGCACCAAAAAACUUCUGGUUGGGCUGAAAAUCAGGAUUUUUUAUUCCAAAAACUAAUUAAUCAAGAAAAGGCUCAGAAUUCUUACCAGAGUUAUCGUGGCAUGAAUCGUUUCAAAGUUCCUCCAACAAAUGUUACAUCUGUGAAGGGUAUGGACAUUAUGCAAACAACUGCUCCUUUGACCCCCACCGAGAUACUAGAUACCAGCAAGAGCACAACUUCAACUACAGAUCAAAAGG